AUGUCUCCAAGAAGAAAUCGCCUGGUAGCUGGCUGCAUAGGCGAUAUCAAUGACCUUGGUUGUGAGCACUGCCAACAAGCUGGCGUGAAUUGUGACAGGACCAAUGUCCGGUUUCGCAAUGGUCUCUCAUUGCCCAAGGAGACUGAACUUGCCUUCUCAGAGAGCUGCUGGCCCCAACUACAUGGCAAAGUGCGCUUCCAUGACGAAACGCCGGAGAUCGCUAGUCUAUACUCCACCAUUCAGGAUGGCCAGCCGGCUUUUACCAACGACCCUAGUUAUCUGUUACAAGUAGGGCCGAGAGAGGAGCCCGAUAGCCCAAGUGGUCUACUGGCAGAACAUCCAUAUGCGGCUAAUGGAGCCGAUGAAGGCAAUGCCUUGGCCCAAUUCCCAGCUCUCACUGCAGAAAAUGUGUCACCAUCCAUUCUAUCAUUGUCUUCUCCAAGAUCAAUCCAAUCAAAAACAUCCUCCAGUCCUUUGCAACCGCUAAGCGAAAGGGAAGCCAUAUUGUUGAGGAACUUCGUUGAAAAUAUGGCGCUCUGGGCUGAUAUCACGGACCCUCAACGUCAUUUUGAAACAGAGGUUUCAGCCCGGGCAUUGAAAGAGCCUGUUUUACGAUAUGCAAUUUUUGCAUUUUCCUCGCGCCAUCUGGACCGGCAGGACAACACCGAUGUAACAGAGGCACUGCAGUACCAUAAUUGUUGUGUUCAACUGCUUAUUCCAGCGCUUUCUGGGCCUCGCGAGCACAUCACCGAGGAUAUACUAGCCGCAGUCGCUAUACUCCGUCAACAUGAGGAAAUGGAUGGGGAGGACAAUCAAUUCCAUCUGACUGGCACAACUCAUAUUCUGAAUACGGUGUCAACCUUUGGCUCCUCUGGUGGCUUGGGCGAAGCUGCUGCUUGGCUUUGUUUGCGACAAGAUAUUUAUAUCUCGCUAACCAGCCAACGGCCUUUGCGGACCAACCUACAGAGCUUCUACCACUCAGAUGUCUUUCAAAGAGAUGACGACUUUGCCUGGUCAAGCAGAAUGGUCUUCCUACUUGCUAAUGUUCUCCAGGGUGCUUUCACGGACUCUAGUAUAGCACGUGGUAUUGGCCAGAUCGAAGAGUGGUAUUCCACUAAACCGCACACCUUCGACCCAGUCCGAUCAGUCCCCCGAGGCCCGGGGCCAGAUCAACGACUCCCUACCAUUUGGAUGUUGCUACCCGUGCAUGUUAUUGGCAUUCAAUACUACCAUAUCGCCAAGAUUGUUUUGGCGCUUUCUGAGUCUCCACGGGCAUCUUCCACCUAUGAAAGCUUGCGGCAUUCUCGAGCAGUGGAGAAGAAUGUACGCCACCAUCUGCUCAUGGUUCUCGGAUUGGCACAGUCCAACGCAAAGGCCGAGAACACGUUAUUUACUGCACGUCAUAGUCUAGUCGCCUGGGGUUGGAUCCUUCGACAUCCCCUCGACCAAAGGGCUGCGGAGUUACUAUUGCAAGCCAUGCAUGCAAGGACUGGUUGGAAUAUGGAUUCGUUGAUCCAGACAUUACGCGCCCAAUGGCAAGAGGUUGACGAGAAUAUGGAGUAA